AUGCACCUUCCCUGCGUCCUAAUCUUUUUCGCUGUUGCUACCCGUCCAGUGGGUGUUGGUGCACACGUCACAGAUGACCAAUUUGAGGUCGUGAGGCACUUGAGAGUUCAAGAGCGCGCACACGGCAAAGACAAAGAAGAGAGGAUGAAUAGCCUCAACUUGGGCGGAGAAGAGGAAAUAUCUACCUCAAACCUUCACAAUUUGGUGGAAAAGUAUAGAAUGGAGAUCCCAAACUUUGAUUUAUACAAGCCUUCUCCUACCGACAUUUUUUUGGAUAAACUGCUGAAGUUACAGGAAACAAACUCGAGACCUACAUACGCGUUUAACACCGUUAUGGAUGAAUUUAAUGAAGAGGAGAUGCCCAUGAUAUUUGAAGAAGCGAACGAACGGUUUGCUGCGGAGAAUUUAGACCCCCCGACAGUUUUUAAAUUGUAUCAGCUUGACCUUGUAGGAGACACCCUUUUCGAACAGCCGCAGAUGGUCUACUGGGUCCGGUACCAGGAUUUUUAUUCUAGAAGACACGCUGACCUUAUGGUGCCUCAAUCCUUGCUUGCUCAAAUGGAUAAAUUUCUUUCGAUUGAAACUUUGGUGGCCGCUGCGGCCAGGGUCCCAAAUGACGCAGUCGCGCUGCGAGUAAAAGGCGAAAUAAAAGAAUUUUGGUGGCACGCAGGCCUUACUCCAGAUGAUGUCUUUACUAGGCUCGACCUUGAGAAGGUCGGAUAUAGCCUUUUUGUCAACCAUCUAUUCCACUUUUGGACGAGCUACUUUUCCUUCUACAAAUCUAAGAAACCCGAGACAUCCAACGUUUCGAUGCUUUCGUUAUUGAAAAAACGUCUUGAACAACCGUUUUUGCGUGAUUUGUUGACCAAGUAUUACAAAUCUGAUGCAACCCUGAUUUUAGAAGAAGAAAUGAAAUCGAAACUGCUGAGACAAUGGCAGAACACGGGUAUUCAGGUCAAUGAUGUGCUUCAAACCGCGGCUGAGAUGAAAGAAGAGCAUUUGAAAACGGUUUUUGGCAGUGCGUUACAGGAUGCUGCAAUUAAAUACAGAUUAUAUAAAGGGACGGAGAUCAAUCGGAUGAAUGACGUAGCAGGGGGUCGCUUGUCCCAGUAA